ACGAAAUACACGACACGCGCAGAGAAUAGGAUUUAAUAAUUAAUGAAAACAUAGUAUUUGUGAUAAAAAACAACAAAUGGUUUCACAAUUGAAAUGAUAUUCGCAUUGAUUUAACGUUUGAUUAAUUGAAUGCAAAUUACAAUCAAUUUAUGAACAAUUGUUUGCAUUUCAGACACCCUUUGGAAUGGAGUUCAAGAAUAUUGUGUUCAACGCCGCCAGAGAUGGCAAACUCAGACGUCUUAAGCUGUUCCUCGACCACAGACCCAAAGAGGAGGUGAAGCUAAUCGUGUCGUUGCGUACGAAUGGCGCGACUCCUCUCCUCAUUGCCGCCAGAAAUGGAUAUUUGAAUGUUUUGGAGUAUUUGGUCGACAAAUGCAACGCUGAUAUCGAACAGGUGGGAUCCGUUAACUUCGACGGCGAGUCUAUUGAGGCGGCGCCUCCCAUAUGGUGUGCGUCAGCGGCGGGCCAUUUGGCGUGCGUUAAGGCACUCAUAACACACGGCGCUAAUGUCAACAGCAAAACCAAAACCAAUUCAACGCCAUUACGCGCCGCCUGUUUUGAUGGACACAUCGAUAUCGUUAAGUAUUUGGUUGAGUUCGGGGCCGACAUCGAGAUCGCCAAUAGACACGGCCACACCUGUCUAAUGAUCUGCGCCUAUAAAAAGCACUUAACUAUCGCUGAAUUCUUGAUCUCAAUCGGAGCUCAAGUCAACCGAAAGAGUUUCAAAGGCAACACUGCUCUUCACGAUUGCGCGGAAUCGGGAAGUUUAGAGAUAAUGAAGUUAUUGUUAAUGAAUGGCGCGGUUAUGGCCACCGAUUCGUACGGAAUGUCACCCCUGAAAGCGGCCGCACUGUCGGGUCACUCGGCGAUCGUAGAUCUGAUUACAUCACAACAACUGUGCACUCGAUUAGAAGCGAUCGAAGCGUUUGAACUCUUGGGCUCUACUUUUGUGGAUAAGAAACACGAUAUACUGACAGCACUGGGUCUUUGGCGCAAAGCACUAAAGUUACGCAAUUCUUGUGAUAGUUAUCCGAUUUUCAAGUCAACGGUUGAGCCAAACAUUGCAUAUAAUUUUGCCGCUGAGUUCACAGACGUGGAGCAGUUGGAGGAACUGGUGAUCGAUCCCGACCUCAUGAGAAUGCAGUCAUUGCUCAUACGGGAGCGGAUAUUGGGUCCGUCACAUCCGGACACUUCGUAUUACAUCCGAUAUCGCGGCGCCGUUUACGCCGAUUCCGGGAAUUACGAGCGAUGUAUUCAGUUAUGGAUCUAUGCGUUAGAUAUGCAGCAAAAGAUCUUUGACGCGUUGAAUACAAUGACUCAAAGCAGUCUAUUGUCUUUCGUUGAGCUUUUCUCUCUAAUGAUGUCUAAAUCCUAUUCAAUGGUUCGCUUCAAAGACUUGUUCGCAGUUCUUCGACGAGCGAUACAUGAAUUAGAGGCCACCGCCUGUCGUGUCAAAGCUCUCAGUGACCACGACUUGACUAACUAUAACCGAACCAUUAAUAUAGUGCUCAGCUUUUUAGGCCUUCUUUGCCGACUGAAGCCUUUGCUCACCGAAGUCGAGGACACAGAGCUGAAGAGAGAGACCUAUCGAUUGGUCAAAUUGAAUCCGAGGGGGAAGAAUGGCUGGACAUUACUCCAUAUGGUGUGCAACGUUGGCGACAACUCGUUCGCAUUGUUCCCGUUCUAUGAGAUGCCGGUGACGGACGUGUGCCAACUGCUCAUAGAAGUGGGACAUUCACUCGAUUUGGUGGAUAAUGACGGCAAUACACCCCUUCAUAUCAGUGCGUCGGCCAAACACACCACUCCUCCACUGUUUGUCACACUUCUCAAUAAUGGCGCUCAUCUGGACUUCACGAACACCAACGGAAAGGCGGCACUAGAUUUAGCCCCCAAUCCAUCACUAAAUCUAUAUCAAGUGUUUCCUCUCAAAUAUAUAUCACUUCAAUGUCUUUGCGCGCAAACAAUCAAUCGGUUUCGCAUACCAUUCAAAGGCAGCGUCGGUUCAAAAUCGUUGGAACAGUUUAUUCAAAAUCAUUAACCAAUUGAAUGCUUUUAUUCUUCAGAGCAUUAAGUAUUUGACAUCAAUUGC